AUGACGUUACGCGAGCUUUCCUCAUUAGAACAAUAUUUCUAUUAUAGAUGUAAAUUACAGUUGCAUUCAUGUUUUUACCUUGCAACUACAUUGAACAAGAUUCCACCAAGGACUAUAUUUGAAUAUGCAUUACAAGAAACAAUUAAAAAAUAUCCACAAGCACAUUGUACAGUUACAUUAGAUGCUGUUAAUGUGACACCGAAUAUCAAAGAACUCUCUGAUUCACCAAUUUAUUUUGAUGAUGUUGUUGAAUAUUGUGAAUGGGAUUCCCUUGAUACAGAGAAGAUGAAUACAAUCUUCAAAAAGUAUAACUUUGCAUUUGAUAAUGGUAGACCAUUGUGGAAAAUUAUUGUGUUAGAGAAAUCUAAUCAGCUAAUAUUUGCAUUAAGUCACAUAUUCUUUGACGGCAUGUCAUCGACUAUUUUCGCUACAACAUUUCUGGAGAAUUUGAAUCGUAAGGUAGAUGACUCCAAAAAGAGAGAUAACGGUUUGCUCUAUACCUCGCGAAAAGAUGUAAAUAUACCACCCCAUGCUUAUGAUUUGUGGCCAGUGCCAUUAGCAUGGAAAAUAAAAAGACAGCUAGUAAAAUUAUUACUCAAGGUUUCUCCUGGAGUGGUUACAGGUACUGAUAAGAAUCUGUUACAGUUUGAAAAUUAUAAUUUCCCUGACGAUUUUGUUAAAGUCCCAGCUGAUGAAGAAGAUACAUUUACUGUAAAAAAUGACAAUCUGCAAAGAAUACUAAGAUUCUCUCCAGAACAAUUGAAAACGAUUUUAUCUAAAUGUAAAGAAGAGAAAGUUUCAUUGACUUCUUUCUUGGGCGCGUUGUUUUCAUUUGGUUUGAACAAUGUUUCAUCAGAUGUCUUAAGAAAUGGGAAAUCAUUUUCAAUCAAUAUUCCAAUGAAUACGAGACCUAUUUGUAAAGAGUACCUGAACGUUGAUGAAUCAUCUUUACAAUUGGGUGAUUUUAUUAUUGGUAUGGAGUAUCCAUCUACUCUUGACACUGUUUCGAAUGAAACUUUUUGGAGUUUUGCUACCAAGAUUAACGAAUACAUACUUGAUAACAGACAAAAUCAAAUAUCUGAUCAAAUUAAUACUGCAAAAUUAUUAGAUGUUGCGAAUGUUAAGAGUUAUGUGAGACAAAAAGUCGAAAAUGCAUAUGGUAUUGGUCCAGGUGCGGCUUUUGAAGUCACUAAUUUAGGUUACGUCACCUUCGGAAGUAAUUCCAUUGAAGAGGAUAAAAAUUAUUAUGUGACGGAUGCAUUUUUCAAUCAGCCUCAAGGGUUUUCAAAUAUAUUCACCUGCAGUAUUAUCACAACUGCGAUCGGUGGUUUGACUUGUAGCAUUAGUUAUCCAAAGAGCCUAGUGGUUGAAAUGGAACCUAUUUGGUCUAAGGUAGAUGAAAUUAUUGAAAAAAUAUCCAGCUCUAUAUGA